GCAGCGGCAACUGUAUCAAAAUGGCGCUGUCCUGGGCCGGGGUGUGCCGAGGUUCGGCGCUGGUAUUUUUGUGCCGAAGGCGAUCAAAUGGGGUCACUGCCAGGCUAUGCACCCCAAUGCCCAAUGCAUCGUCACGAAUAAGCCUGACGCUCUAUAGGCUGUACUCCCCCUCCAAGGCCAGACUAGGGCUUGGGAGUCGGGUGUCUUCCAGGUUGAAUUGGGUGAAUGAGAAAUAUGAGCGCUUCCUGAAGCGACGGUUCCCACGCUUUUACGUCCUGUACCAUACUCUCAUAACAGGAUUUCGACUCCUCUUAAGCGAUUCCAUGGAGAUCAAGAAGAUUAAGAUGAAGAUGUACCACAACAACUUGGAUGUCCAUGAGCUACCAUACCAUGAUAUGGAGAGGCUCAGACAGUUUCGCAGAGACGUGAUCAAAGCCAUUCCUCUGAUGCUGAUCUCCAUCCCUCCUUUUGCCAACUACCUGGUCUUUGUCCUCAUGUACCUUUUCCCCAGACAGAUCCUCAUUCGCCAUUUCUGGACCCCCGAGAAGCAGGUUGAGUUUGAGGGAGUGUACCAUGCCCAGAGGUGCCAGCACCAUGCGGAGGUGCUGCAGGGCCUGGUGAGGGCAGUGCCACGUGUCAGAAAAGAAAAGCAGAGCCAGCUCUUGGACCUGUGCAAUAAGGUAGAAAAUGGAGCACAUCCCAGCGUGACGGACAUCCAGGCAGUGCGCACCCUCUUCUCCGGACCUCCCCUGGGAAUGAAGAGACUGGGCGCAUAUCAGAUGAGGCUGCUGAGUACCCAGCUUUUCCUGACGCCCCGCCUCCCAGCCUUCCUGAUUCGCCAUCGGUUGAACGGCCAUGCCUUAGAGCUUCUGCAAUUGGACCGUGCGCUGAACAGUCUAGGCGUGCUCAAGCUGAGUGAAGCAGAGCUGCGGCAGGCCUGCUACUUGAGAGGUCUGCUCGCCUCCAGUCUGAGUGCUAAGCAGUGCAGGGAGUGGCUGAUGCAGUGGCUCCAGCUCACCUCUCGCCUCAAAGACUCAGAAACAUCGCUGCUACUGCACAGCCUGGUCCUGCUCUCUGUGAACUAUCACAAGUCCAUCCACCACUGACCUCCAGGGCAGCCCUGCCUUUCCUUCCUGCCUGGGGGCUGCUCUCAGGAGCUGGGGGGCGGAACAAAGGCGUCUUACCCACAAGUCCCCAGCAGCACACCACUCGCACACCUAAAGCCGUUCAGUCAACGCUCCCUCCUGAAGCUCCACUCAGGAACAACGACCCGAAUGCACUUCCUCAGUUUGGGUCAACUGACUGAAGGAUAUAAAAUGAAGGAAGAGACAGUGGCUUCUUUUACAUUUGUCAGGCUGUGGGGUUUUCUGCUCAUUUCUCUGUGCGAUGUGAAGGGCGCGGUUGUACAGUAGAGACAGGGGGUUGUUGAAGAACGUUUGACGCUUGGCUGUUAUUUUAGGACGCGCGAGUUUGGAUAAUAGACGCUAAGAGCCUACAGGGCCUCUGCUGAGGUCUGGGGGCCCAAGAUGUUAGUCUGACAAGCUUCACACGUUUUAAGAUGCAACUCAGGCCAGUGUACAAAAUCCCGGACUCCAUUCUGAGUGAGCGAGUCUCUGCUGUAUUCCCCCGGGGUGAUUUAAAACCCUUGCAUCUGCCAAAGUACCAAGAAAAUGUUUGAGUUUACGACACAAAUGACAAACGUCAUCUUCACUUUAUCAUUCACACAGCAGCAGGAAUAAAUUAUUUGGCCAGUGAUAGAAUUAGUUAAUUACACAAUCGAGCAAAAAUCGAGGGAAAGACCUUUUGGCAGCCAGGAAUAGAGGUCCUGCCCAGAGCACUGGACUCACAGUGGUAGUUUACUUUUGACUGUAUGACGGUUGUUGUGUCUGAAAUUGCAGUCGAAGCUUUACACUUCCUCAUACCUUACUUUUGUUUAACUGACAGGCAGCCUUUUUAUCUUUUUUUGCUUUUGUUUUUGUAAUCUUUUGUAACAUAUUUGCUAAACUGAAGUUAAACUGCACUUCAAUGCAAGGAUACGCAUAUAUUAUAUGUUCCUUUCAGAGGGAUACAAAACGGGAAAUACUCAAGUGUAAGGUGGUUCAGUUUGAAGGCUUGGCAACCUUAUUCUUAUGCCAACUGCUGGUAUCAGAAUCACAACAGUCUCUGGAAUAAGUGGCAUUUUUAAGGUGGUCGAGUUCCUUCUGUAGUCCACAUUGGAUGCGCUGAUAACUUGUGAAUAAUCACCACCUGUUAAAAUGUUAAGUUUAAUAACUGCCAGAAAAUGUUUGUGUGUUCAAUGUUGGAUAGGUGGACUUAGACACGGCAGUCUUGAUUUGGUGGCGUUGAAGUAAGCUUGUGGAUAUUUGUGAAGAAAGUAAUGGACCUGGCCUAGGCUAUGGAAUAUUCUGGUUCUGCAUGGUGUAAAUGCAUGCAGAGUGGAACUGAUCUAACGCAAUGCCUCUAUAGUGUCCUUGGCACAGCUUGUAUACUCGAUAGUAGGGAAGUAAGCCUUUUCCAUCACGGCGCAUGUCUUGCUCUUCCUCUCCUAUUUUUGAAACGCUUUUGUGCAUUUUGAGUUUUUGCUAUUCCGUGUAGAUUGCAGAAAUUCUAAAUGAAACAAUACUUGCACAUGCUAAACGAUAGGCAUACGUCCAAUGCAGUAGAAUAGAUACUUUUUCAUACAACUUUUUUUUUUGCAGUUUCCUUGAAUUAACGUUGCCAUGGAUCAAGAUUAAGUGCAAUCCCGCCCAAGAAGCUGAACUCUGAAAUACCCCAGCCCAUACUGGAAUUGUAAGUUAGACGUGGAGUUAGUGUAAGCAUUUCAGGAUAUAUAGAGCUGACCAAUGUAUGUUUGUACUUUCAUAGAUAUUGUCAUAGUUUAGACAGUUACAUUAACAUUAAACUAUUUAAACAAGUGCAUUACUACGAAAGGUAAUGAUGCCAAAAAUGUGCCCAUCUUAGUUUUUGCAGUUUCUGUGGCUAGAUUGAAGUGUCUAAAUCCCAGUGCCUUCGCAUACAGAAAAGUAGAUUCUUGGAAGAUGUUUGCGAUUUAAGUUAUUAGCAUGCAUGCUGUAUGUUGUGACCAGUGAAUAAAAACAACAUUUUUUUUCAGUUUAAAUCAAAACAUGAUCUUUGAAUCCCAUUUGGUGUUUUGAUCUAUGGCAUUGCAAUCUCAUGUUACCUGCACUGAAAAAACCCUUCCCAGAGUUUAGCAAAGGGUCUAAAAUAAAAUUAUUGUUCCCUCCCAAUGUUCUUACUUUACCCUGUUUGUUUUUUUGUCUGUCACAUAACAGUUAGAGGAGUGUGUGGAAUUAAGCACUAACCAUGAGCAUGAUAAAACCCUGGGUUACAAAACCUACUCACUUAUUGGUGCAACUCGCACUGAUACUCGCUUCUCUGCACUGGCCCCUGGUUAGUUUUAGGAUUGAUUUUAAAAUCUUGUUGUUCGUCCGUCUGUUCCUCGGUCUCGGGUAAAGCUAAAGGGUGACGGCUUUUGUUGUGGCUACACCGAGACUGUGGAACAAACUGCCUCCCUCUAUCAAGUCUGCAGUAUCCAUAUACACCCUCAAAUCCAAGCUCAAAUCUCACUUUUCUCAUGCUUUUAAUUCCACGAGAAGUUUUUAUUGUAUCUUUAUAUAUUAUUAUUUCUGUAUUGUGUAUUUUGUUUCGUAUUUUUCCCCUCACGCACAUAUUAGAAGUUGUACAGCACUUUGGUUGACUGUAGUCAUUUUAAAUGUACUUUAUAAAUAAUAAGUAAAAUCAUUUUGUAAUCCAAUCCUACCUAGAAUCUAGAUCAAAUGUUUUUGGGUAUUUCACAUUUCUAAGGUGGAGAUUUGGAUAGAUUUGGUACUACAAAUCAAGAUAAUCUUAAUCCUACUGAAAGGGUGGAUUCAGGGUUGAUGUAAGGAGACAUGCCACAUCUAAUAUUUAAUAAAUUAUUUUAUCCAAUAAAUUGCUUUUUUGGGGGCGAAAUUAAUAGGAACCACAAACCUUUCCAAAACAAAGAAGGGUUUGUGUUCCUCUUAAUUACCCAAAAAUAAAAAAAUAUUAAAAGAAAAAUAUGUACAUGCUUUGGGAUGUUAUUUGAAAAUGUAUUAUGUCAUCUAUUCUAAAAUAAUUGAAAGAAAAUGCUAUGGCAUCUUUUGAGCAGUAAAAACAUCAUGCUGGCAAA